AUGAGCUAUGCUCCCACCAUCCUUUGGCUCAGCAUGUCAGGCCAGCACCCCAUACCAAGUAAAAGGGGACUGGUGUUACUGCUGCUACUGGGUCUAGGGAUGGGACUUUGCCUGACCACAGCCACCCUGGAGAAUAGUGAUGAGACAUUAAAUGAAUUUUGGUCCAGUGACUCAUGGGGUAAGGCCAAGAACUACACAUUCAUCCAUGAAGAACCAGGGAAGAUCAAAACCGGCUGUCAAAGCCCUGUUGUUCCCUGUAAUCACAGAGGAGGUAAAUGCCACAAAAGCUCAGCCUUUGAUAUGACGUGAUGCAAAUUGUCUAAAUCAGACCAAAUCACCCCUCAUUGUCAUUGCCUAACUUUUAUUAUGGACAAGUUUUUUAUCAUGGCCUGCGAUGACCUGAAGAUCUAUAUAAAAAAGAAAGCUGGUUAA